AUGAUAGCUAACCGCCUCGUACGCGACCCAGAAGCCCUUCCAAGCAGCUAUGAGCCGACGGCCGCCGAAAUGCGUGAACAACUUUCCGUUGCUCGUAACCUGCUCGCCAGCGCCCCAGCCCAAGAUGAGCAUACCGCCUCUACUCGACGACCUGAAACACUUGCAUGGAAUGAAUUGCGGCUUGCUCGCGACAACGCUGAUCAGCUUCUCGGCACCUUCGGAGCCCAUCUUGAUGCCCGCCAAGCCAAGCAGCCCGAACAUCUCGCUGCUGCCCAGCCCGAUCUGGAAGAACGCAAAACAGCGCCUACGCACGAUGUGCGAUUCUUGGAUGCUGACAUCGAUCAGAAGGUCGCCCACAUCGACGACUACCUGGCCGAGCUCCACGCCGAGAUCGAAGAUGAACAGGUGUGCGCCGAUUCCACCAAGCAAUUGGACGACGAACUAAACCGUCUUCUUGCGGAUAUCCUGCAAGUCAACGAUGUGAACAGCUUGAACGCCCUUGCCGAACAAGAACUUCCGGCACUGAAGGCUCAGCUCGACUUGCUGAAGGACAAAUGGCCAAGGCCAACGACACACGUCACCGUGUCCUCGCCGAUUCCCCCGUUUAUCCCCUCGAGGAGAAAUGCCAACGAAGCUGACAACGAGCGAUUGCUGCUGGUUCUCAACCUGCAGCUGGAGCAAGUCGAACAGCUCCCACUCGACAAUGUGUCUGUUGAACAGCUGGACGCUAUCGAGAAGCAGCUCGAGUCUCUGAAGCCUGCUGGCGCCGACCAAGUACCACCACAAGUCCAGGCUCAGCUCGACAAGAUCGCAGAGCUGAAGGCCCGCAAGGACAAGCACGACGCCGAUGUGGCCCACCUUGGAGCCGCUCUUGACGACAUUCGCAAGAAUCUCGACGAAGCGACAAGCUCGCCCAUCCCAAGAAAUGGGAAGGGAAAGAAGGGCAAGGAACAAUCUGUCCCGCCGACCACCGAUGCGCUCAAGGAAGUGGUGGCCAAGCUGGAGAACGAGGUGCUACCAGCCCUCGCCCAAGUCAACAAUCAAGCCGCCUCCACCCCUGGAGUCGAGCCCCAGCUUCAGGCUGCCAACGAGCUUCAAGCCAAGGCUCAAGAGCUGCUGGCCGAUGCCCAGAAACAACUGGACGACCAGAUGGCCGCCGAUGAGAAGGCAGCUCGAGUCGAAGCCAAGCUUCUCGGAGAUCAAGGUGACCCCAGAUACCAUGGUCGCUUUGCAACGCGCCGACGAGCCACCGCAGGACGAUCAAGACGAACUGCAGAAGCGCGAACAGGCUGCCGAUUCGGAUAUUGGUCAGCUGGAGGCGAAGCUGCUCGAGAUCAACCAACUUCUCGCCAGCGACGACCUCAGCCCCGAGCAACGCAAGGAGCUCGGAGAAGACCAAGGCCGACACCGAGAGCUUCACCUGGACAAGUUGCGCAGAUUGAAGGAUGCGCUCCUCGACAAAUGGCCAAUCUCACCAAGUACGGUCAGGAGAAGCAGAAGCUUGACUCGGCUGCCGAGCCUGUUGAAGUGGCGCUGAACACCAUCUUUGACAAGUAUGCCAACCAGGCUCCUCAGCCAUUCGUCGUCGGAAAGGACGACUUGAGCCGAGCCGACGAGGUGAAGUCACAGCUGGCUGAUUUGGCACGAUCCGUGGCUGCCGCCAAGGAGUGGUUGCACGACAAUCUGCCAUCUCGCGAAGCCGACCUUGACGCCCAGCUGGAUGAUCUCAAGUGGAAACAAGAGAACCUGAACAGCCUCGUCGACGAAUUGGCCAACGAAGUGCAAGCUGGCGAUGCCAUCCGAGCUGACUAUGAUCAACUGCUGCCCUUGUCGCCGAUAUUGAGAACCGGGCGAUGGCAGCUCGUCAGACCGGAGAUCUGUCCGAUCCGGCUGCGC